CUUUCUUCUGAUUAGUCUCGGAUUUGAUUGUCACGUGACUGAUCUCUUUCUUUUUUGUUUAAAAGGUUGGGUCCAAACUUUUAAAACACCAGAGACAUAGUGUCAAGCACUGAUAUUUUCAACGCUGGCGCUUUUUUAUCUACUCUUUUGAAUAUCCUUGCAAUCACUUGUUUGAAAUGCAUAAAACACACUCACACAAACCUUUUCCAUCCCACCUCUAUUUCUAUCUCUAUAUUUUUCUUAAAAUAGAUAAACUCUAUUAUAGAUGUGAAAAUGUUCAAAUGUAUAUCUCUAUAAUAGAGUUCAUCUAUUUAUAAGAGAAAAUAUAGAGAUAUGCUAUUUUCACCUCUAAAUAUAGUAAUUUUCCUCUAUAUUUUUUUCUAAAAUAGAUAAACUCUAUUAUAAAGGUAUACAUUGGAGCAUUUUCACCUCUAUAAUAGAGAUCUUUAUCUUAGAAAAAAUUAUAGAGGUGUACAUUGGAGACGCUAUUAGACGAAGAAUAAACAUCAAGUUAUAACUUAGAUUACGAGGCUAGACAAAAUAUACCUUUCCAGGUCGCAGUUCAUAACUGUUCUUAAACCAUGAUUAACCCGAAGUUCUUAAAGUGAGGUUUUUAGCGGAAGUUAAGAAACUGUUUCUUAACUUUUAAUUUUCGUUAAGAACCAUAUUAUAAGAACCCCAAGUUAUUCAUGUUAUUUAAGUCCUCUGGAUAAGAGCGUUUUAGUCUUUACUGUCUUCUCUCACUGGAUUUUCCAUUUUGUUUAGUGACAAAAUAACCCUUUUUUUAAGUGACAGCACAACUUUUAAAAAAGGAAACUAAGACAUUUUAUUUUUAGUCAAAUUCUAAUUUUGUAACGACAAUAGUCUAAUACAAGUCCAACAGAGUGAAAAUUGUUUUCACUGUGCGGAUUAAGAUUUUUUUUUUAUAACGCUGAUUUAUUAUAUAAUCUUACAAUUAUGAUACGAGAAAAAUUACAUAGGCGAUUCGACAACCGACAAUACUACCUGUCUUAUGAACACCUACGCCUAACUGCAUCAGUUGGAGUCGUCCUAUGAAGAUCUAAGUCUAACCAAAUUUACUUACACCAUAUUGAAGAUCUCUUGUAAACCUUUCUUCCGUAGUCUGCCUAAUUGUUUAAUAAAUCGCUAUUUCCGGGAUUUGAAACUUGAAUUUUCUGUAAUCUACAAUAAAUUGCAUAGUCUGGGAUUCGAACCCUAAACCUGGGUGUAAAAACCUUUAAACCUUAACCAAUAGGCUAUGGUGCUUUCACGAUUAAGAUUUUUUUAGAGCGGGUAAGAAAAUGAAAAAAAUUGUCCAAAAGCAAAUUCGUAAAAUGAUUGAUCCAACGAUUAGAAUAUAUUAGAUUGUGGGAAGUGGGAACAAAGGCAGAUUUUGUUACUUUCCUUUUUGCUUGGUGACUCCAUCAUUAUUUUUUGUUGUGAAAUAGAAAAAGGAAAUUGGAAGUUGUCGACGCGGUUAUCCUUAUAUGUAUAUACUAUAUUUGUUGCGACUCGCUAACCAAACAUUAUUUGCUAAUUCUCUCAGAUUUCACUUCAGUUAGGGUUUCUUUCUUCUAACCUUAGAGAAUCCAUCUUCAACUGUUUGCAAUGGCAAGACCAGAUUUGUUCUUUGUUAAGCUUCUUGGCAAAGGUUCCUUUGGUUCCGUCAGUCUCUAUCAAGGCCUUCGCUACGACGGCGCUAUGGUCUCCGUUGCCGUUAAGACCUCCGACAGUCAACAUGCAGAGUCUCUCUUCAGAGAGGUACAAAUACUGUCUGAAUUCAAAGGGUGUCCGAGAAUCGUCCAGUGCUACAACACCAGUGUGAAAGGAAGUCUCAACCAAUUUAAUGGUUGCGUGGAGUACAAGAUUCCCUUGGAAUACGCUCCUGGUGGAAGCCUGAUGAGUUUCAACAAAACAUUCAAAGACAAUAAGUUGCCUGAUCCUUUGAUCAGAGACUUUACUCGUAUGCUUCUCCAAGGCUUAGCCACGAUUCACGCACACGGUUACGUACACUGCGACCUCAAACCAGAGAACAUCCUUGUUUUCCCUAGCUACGCCUACAAGAACGGCGCGUGGAGAUCUUCUUUCGAGUUGAAGAUUUCUGAUUUCGGCUUGUCGAGAAGGGAAGGAGACAGUAGCUGGUGGGAACCUAAUCAUCCGUUCGCGGGAACAUCGAUCUACAUGUCUCCGGACUCGGUUUCUUACGGAGAGACAGGGAAAGAUCUCGACUUAUGGUCGUUGGGGUGCUGUGUACUGGAGAUGUACACUGGGGAGGGACCUUGGUGUCAUAAGAACUAUGAAGUGGAUGAUCUCAUGAAUGGCCAAGAGCCGCUGAUUCCAAGCGACCUUCCUUUCGAAGCAAAACUCUUUAUCAUGACUUGCUUUGCGCCUAGGACAAAAGACGCGACAAGAUUGUUGAAGCAUAUAUUCGUGCGUGAAGACGACGGGAACAAGAUCACACAGCCUUCUCCUGUGAGCGAUAAUAUAAAGGCAAAAUCAGCUCUGCAACUGGCGAACUUUGUUAGAAGGAAUGUUUCUACAACCAAAACCAUUCGUGUGCUUGCUGCUGCUCAAGUCAUGCCUAACAAGACCAUCAUGGCCUAGCUUUGCUCCUGUUCCAAUACUUCUUCUUUAAUCAGUAUUUCUCCUUUGAAUAGUUGAAUUGAAUGUGUAUAAGUUCGCGUGGAGAUUGUUUAUUUCUUUAAAUUGUAUAACUUCCAUGAUUAUCUGUAAUCACACUUAAGUUUAUCAUAGCUUUAACUUGGAGGUAACAGAACUGUUGCAGGAGGAAUACUCAAUCAACUAUUUCUUUAAUGGGAUGUUGGCAAGUAGACUAAAAGUUGUAUAAUACAGAUUCAUAUUCAACUGUUGCGAAAAAUAACAAUUUUUGAGCAUUGAUAUAACAAUUUUCCAAAUUUGGGGUUUUGUGGUUUGUUUGUAUUCAUUCCACUCUUCGCUGACUGUUUUCAAAGUUGCGCCUUUGCUUUCUUUUUUGCCUUUUUUUUUUGUUGCCUCUCUCCCCAUUGGACGGGCACUUGAUCCUACUGAGUUUGAUCCUACGGAGUUUGAAUCACUUGCAUCACUCUCUCGGGAUCUUUUAGAUCCACUACUUGUCGAGCCAGUAUUUCCUCCUACUUGACUACCAUAGCGCGGUUGAUCACGAACAGCAAGCCACUCCGACAUUAAAUUGAAUUGUUCAUUCUUACCACUUGAAUAUAAUUCGUGCGCUUUUGCCAAUACAUCAUUCUCCGACCAUCCACUUUGUUGCAUACGCCUAGCAUUAUCGUAAGCGCCACUCCAUUUGCUCAACUUUUUAUUCAUAUAGUUGAAAUGAUUUCGGCAUGAAGCUCCAUCACGGGGAGGAUCAAAUGAGCAAUGCUCAUUACAAUACUCAGAAAUUUUACUUCAGUAUGCUUCGCUUUUUUGGUUUCUGCCAACAAUGCUGUCUGUUCCAUAUUUAAUCCAUCCACUAAGUAGGACCAAAUUUUGAUCGGUCGUCCACUUAGGGCUUCUACGGCGUGCUUGAGCUGAAUCAUCUGCAUUUGCAUCUGGAAUGGGUUUACUAACACCGGUCAUGCUACCAAGAGCUAUUUGGGUAGAAAAUUCGGGAAAUUCAUCUGCUCUCAGAACAUUUUCCUCACCCGUUGGAGUAGAAGAAACAUGAGGUGUUUGAG